AUGGGCGACUCUGUUCCUGGAGAAUACUUCAUCGGCCGGCCGGCGAGCAAGGUGGACGACCAGCCGCAGGCGGCUGCCGCUGAACCCAAGCUUGCCAACACCCAGAUCCCCGGAGAUUACUUCGUCGGGACACCGGAGAACCUUCGGCCGCAGGGGGCGACGGCGGCGACCGAACCAGCACAGCCGGCCGGUUCCCUUGUCUCCGCGGCGGACAAGUUGCAAACUAGACGAUCCAUCGGCAAGCCCGGCGGCGGCGUGAUCGCUCGCAAGAUUCAGCACAGCAAUUUGGACAGCGGCGGGCGACAGACCUCGAACUUACCUGAAUUGCAGGUAUUGCUCAUUGGUACGAAUGAGCUAGAUGAGCCACAGGCCGACAGCCGGUUAGAGGGCCCAGCAUACCAUAGUGGCCAUAGCUGA